AUGUCAUUUGUGAUUCAGCCUUGUUUCCCUGCUGACGCCCCGGGCCUUGCGGCGACCAUGAUGGGCGCCCGUCUCACAGAUCCCCACUGGGCUCAUCUGUGGGAGGACCCGUCCCCGGAAGACAUCAUAGCCAAAGCUACAGACCGGGUUCCCUGGAACUUAGUGACUGGAAGGGAUACAAAACGGCACCAAAAGGUAAUCGAUCGCGAGACCAGCCAAGUUGUUGGGUACGCUCGAUGGAUUCUACCUACCAUUCUGGCAAAGAGUAACGAUGUCUGGCUGGAAGCUCAAGUUGCGGAGGCAACUCCAGCGGACCGCGCAGUCUACGAGGAGCAAUAUCUGGCGUGCACCAAAAACGGUCGUCCGAUUGGCAUGAAGGGUGGAUCAAUGAUGAGUUACCGCAGCGCGCCCCUGGAAGCGGUCGAUGCGCGAAUUAUGCGAGAUGGUCCGUUUCUGAUGCUGGAUUACUUGACGACAGACCCUGUGUUCUGGCGGCGGGGAAUUGGCAGCAUGCUCGUGCAGAGCGGGCUUGAGAUCGCAGACCAGCACGCAAUCAAGACCUAUGUCAUGUCGGAGCCGGCUGCCUUGAAGCUAUAUCUCAAUCUCGGAUUCAAGCUGGUAGAAACCGUGUCGACCGAUUAUUCCCAGUAUGGUGGAACUGAGCCUAUGGUUCAUUACUUCCUCGUCCGUGAGCCUUCUAAAGGUUCCCUGUGA